AACCGGGUUGCAUUCCCGUGACCUCCGUGGGAAAGCUUGUUUUGCUUGAAAAGUUCUGUGUACAAGACAGUAACCACCCACACUACUGCCACCAACACGCCACCUGUCGCCUGGCCGCCACAGCUUGGUGAAACGACACUAAACUAAUGUCAAGGUGUUCGGAAUCUGCCCCAGCCGUCCUAUUCGUCCUCCUCCUACAGUAGCUUGGUAAUAACCCACUGUCACUACCAGUCCUCUCCCUCUGCGCAUGCGUAAGGAGGUUACGGCGAAGCAGACGAGGCGACGCGGUCAUCGAAUCCCUGCUCCCACAGUCAGCGCGCAGACGUGAAAGUGAGUGUCUCCCCGGACCACCACCACCACCACCACCACCACCACAAGCACCACCACAAUGAGAGUCAGCUUGUUCCUCCUGUCAUUUCUGGUGGCAGCAGCGUCGGCAGGCGUCACCAGGACCCUAACCACCCUCCAGGCCCCUGAGGACACGCCCACCACCACGCCCAUCACCACCACUACCACUUCAUCCACCUCCUCUUCCACGCCCUCGGAAUCACGUACAGAGGAGUCCAGGGAGGAGGAGGAGGAGGAAGAGGAGCGUCGGGUGGGCGUGAAUGGGUGGCUCGCGGCGCCCACUCAAGCUCCUGCCACCUCCAGCCCCCAAACUGAGGCCCCUGAAAAGCCUGGAUUGUGUGAGUCUCCUAAGGGGUAUGGCAUCAGGUGCAUGACGCGCAUGGACCAGUGCAAGCAUGACCAGGGCUGCCCGAGCGCCACCAAAUGCUGUAUAGUCGAGGAGUGCGGCAAGAUGUGCGUCAAGCCCAAGCGCAAAACUGCUCACUAAUCCUGGCAUGUCUUGAGUGCUGUACAUACUGCGUGGUGAACUUGGCUGCGGAGAUCCUUGUGCGGGGCUGGAGGUGUGCUGUGCUGGGAUGGGCUGGGAGAUGCUAUAUUGCGCUUCGGGGUGUGUUGUGCUGCGUUGUGGUGAACAGUUUUUCCGCUCUCCUCCAUUAUGUCGAACUUCUUGGCUCUGAUAACUUUGUGCUGUCUCAUAGAAGUUGAUGGAGUGUGGGUUUCUCUUCUUCAUUCCUUGCCAUUGCCUGUGGGCCGCUGUUCAUGUUAACUAAGGAUGCACUACUGCUUGUUAUAAUUGCUUCUGUAUUUUUUUUUCUCUCUCUCUCUUGAUAUCUACUUUAUUUUGUAGUUUAUUUAAUUUCAUUUGCUUGCUGCAUUAGUUAUCAAGUUAGUGUGUGUGUGGUGUGUGUAAUUGUAUUGUACAUGAAUCUUGUUGUCCUCUUUCCAUAUCCAUUUUCAUCCAGCAUGGUUUUAAAAUUCCACCUUUCUCACACCAGUUUCCAUGUUCAAGUAACUUCAUUUGUCAUUACUUGGGAAGCUUUUUGUUACUUUCCUUUUCUUUUUGUACUGUUAUUUAGUAUUUAUCGCUUUGUAUUACUGGUGUUGGGACCUCGAAGCAUCUAUCAUCUGUACUCCUAUUCUUCAACUCGGUGGCAGUCACUUCUCGAAACUACGCACCAUUCCGUCACGUUGCUUUCAUCACUCUUCUUGUGCGUGUGCUUUCUCGCAUGAUGUUUUUGUUGUUUUGUCUUUCACUUCUUUCUCCAGUCACACUUGGUUAUCAAGGCCACAUGGCUCAAUUCUUACAACGCCUUAAGUUUAAGCAGUCAUUUGGGCCUAAUUAUUGUGGCACAUGGAAUUUAAUCAGAUAUUUGGGUAUGUUUCUUUUGCUAUAUUGCUUGCGCUUGAUGGCGUCACGUAAGCUCCUAUCUUUGUGUGUUCUAUCUGGUCUUGAUCGGUUGCUGUAAAUUGUUGCUUAUUUUUUAGACUUUCUCGUGAUCGUUUUUGGUUUUUGCUGUUUUUACCUAAUUAAUCCUCAACAUGUAUCCACCACUGCAUGGCCUUCAGGGCAGAACGCACAAGGAUGGUUUAGGAAUGUGCAUUCAGUUAAGGAGAGUAUUUACGAGUACUGGCUCACCUUCUCGUCUGGUUAUUGUUUUGAUGACCUUUCUCUGCUACAUGUUCCUCAAGCUUACCAUCGGGCAAGGAAAGUAUUUUACUAGUAUUGCCACACCCUUCCUUCUGGUUACUACUUUGUUGGCCUUUGUCUAGCACACGUUCCUUAAGCUUACCAUCGCCUGUUUGUUGUUACGCUGCAGCUUCUCUUUUCACUGGAGGAGAUACGAGUAACGUUCUCUCCUGGUGCUGCUAUGAUUUUUCAACACCAAACAUGUUUCUCUGCACGCGAAUAUUACAUCCUCUGGUAUACUACUGCUCCCACUAAAAUAUCAGCUUCUGGUGCACCGGACGUCACACUGUUGCUGAAUAUUGUGCUUGCCAUUCGUUAAGGCUGAUGGUACCCUUGGCUCUGGAUGUGUUCAGCUAACACUCUACUGACACUCUACUGCUUUCUGCUGACUGACCGCACUGUGUGAUAAAAAUGUUCGAAUUUCUGCUUGGCCUCCACCAGCGACCUCCACAGAUACCAAGGAGGCGACCAAGACCACUGUAAAGAAGAACAAGGGAGCGAAGGAGAGCAGUAAGCAGGAGAAGGAGGAGGAGGAGAAAGCUGUGGUCGCGAGGCAGGAUGAACUUGAACAGAUCAUGGAGGAAGGACAGGAGGAGGAGAGGACAGUAGACGUAUUGCCUCUUGAUGUUCAAGGCGAGGAGGGAGAGAAUCAGGAAGUACAAAAUGAACAAGUUAUCCAUGAAAUUCAAGCACAGGAAGAAGAAAAUGUGACUUCUGCAGCACCAACUGAUGUAGAGAGCAGUUAAGAGCUCAAAAGGGUGUUAUAAAAAGUCACACCCGUUAUUUUCACGCUCAUGGAUGAAACUACUUUUAUUAUUUCAUGGGAAGUAAUAUUGCUUACUUCCAUUGCUAUAUAUGUCAUUAGAGUAGUAGAAAAAUAAUACAGAAAGAAGUAAUCAGUCAGGAGAUAGUGUGUACAGUCGUGGUCAAAGGCACAAUGACCUGCCACACUCCCUUGCACCGUGCUUUGUGUGUUCCCUCAGUUUCAGGGAUUAUAGGUGGAAGUAAUGAGGUAUGUUUCGUACAGGGACUGCCACUUGUAGGCCUGACGGCUUCUUGUAGCUUCCCUUAUUUUUUAUGCUAGGUAUGUUGAAGUAACGUAUGCAGGAAUUGAAUAUAUGAGGUUACCAUAUGAAUAUAAGUAAAAAAAAAAAAAAAAAAAAAAGAAAAUCGGCUGCCAGAAUACGCUUGGCAUUUAAAAAAUAAAGAAGUAUUUUUUUCUUUUAACUCGAAUUAAUUAAGAAAAUGUAUGCUGAAUUAAUUAUUUGAUGAUACCAUAUCAAAACAAUGAUAUUAGGAAUGAUACCAUAUCAAUAUUAAUGAUAAUCAUAUUAAUAUUAUAGGAAUGAUACCACAUAUAAAAAAAAAAGUAUGCUUGGUAUUUCUGAAAUUUUACCUAAAUCACAUUUCUUGUUUUCUUUAGUCGAACUUAUUUAUCGCGUGUGACCUCAACGUCUUAUCAUUUGCUGCAUUAUGUAAGCUUAUUUUACGUAAUUGUUCUUUAUCCGGAACGCUGGGACCUUCAUGUAUGCACUCGUUAUUCGUUAUAAGGAAUACAAUAAGGAAUAAUACAGUAUCUAAACCGCUACCUAAAUCUGAUACACGAACAUUGCUGAGGUAAAGAUACAUGGAAACUGCAAUGUUUUUUAUUAUGUAUAUUACAUUUUGUUUUCAUUUACGUCGUCAGUGUACGUACAUCUGUUGCUUUAUUUGUAAGUUUAUUCUACAUGUUUGCCUCUUGGUCAGUAAAGGUUGUGUGUGUGUGUGUGUGUGUGUGUGUGUGUGUGUGUGUGUGUAUGUGUGUGUGUGUGUGUGUGUGUGUUGACUGUAAUUUUUCGUAGAGAUUAUCUGUCCCAAUAAAGCCUUUUGAAUACA